AUGAAACUAGUCUACUACACCACCACCGUCCUCGCUCUUUUGAUUGCUAUGUUGCAUGUCAAUCUGGUCUCUAGCAGUAACAGCCUGGUCCGCCAAGGGUCUUCAAAAGUCCUAUCCCAGGGGGGAACGCCAGCAAACCCCGGUUUGGCAAUAGAAUCGGAACAGGCGAAGCGGGCUAGGAGGAUAAGAGAAGAGCGUCGCGAGGAGCGAAAAAAACUUAGAAUUGGAUGCCUGGAGUUAAUUCCAGAAGAGGGAACUGGCAGCUCCAAAGCCAAAAUGUCACCACCACACCCGCAAGAAAACACAUUUAGAAACCCAGAGUUGGGCAAAGACCUUGACGAAAUCACCGAAGACCAGUGGACUGCGAGUGCUAGCGACAGAGCCAUUCGGCAAUCGUGCGAUGAGGAAAUCACGCGCUCCACGAGGUGCAAAAGGAAUCUAAAGGAAUACUUUCAUUAA